AUGACGUCCAUGGUUCGCGAUCCCCUACAGCAGCACAUGCUCGCCUACCUCGACCCCCGCCGCGGCAGUCUGCCUGCCAACGUCGCUGAGACCAUUGCCGGCAACCUACAUGCAGGCAACAUCACCUUCCUGAUCAAGUAUACUGUCGGUCCCAAGAUCCUCGCGUCCCAGAUCUCAAUCACUGUCGUCGAUGUCCGCGGCCACAAUAAUAGCGAAGUCGGUCACAAGGCAACUGUAUGCAUCCACUACGGCCCAGUCAAAUGGGGCCAGAAUGUUGUGCAGGCACUCGGAGAGAAGGUGGAUAAGGCUGUCAGAGAGAUCCUGAAGAAUGAGGGGGAUGAUGGAUAUGGCGACUUCAAGGACUAG